AUGAUAAGUAGAUCAUUUUUGAGAUUAGCUAACCCAGCUAGAAGGGCUAUGCCAGCAGUUAAAAGAGUCAACAUGAUGCCAUCCAUGGCACUUCCUACCAAGAGAUUAUAUCACGAAAAGGUUCUUGAUCACUACUCAAACCCUAGAAAUGUCGGUACAUUAAAUAAACUCGAUGUGGAUGUCGGUACCGGAUUAGUGGGAGCCCCAGCAUGUGGUGAUGUUAUGAGAUUACAGAUACAGGUAGACGAUGAGACCGGAGUUAUCAAGGAUGUGAAGUUUAAGACUUUUGGUUGUGGAUCAGCCAUUGCUUCGUCUUCGUACCUUACGGAAUUGGUCAAGGGUAAAACUAUUGAAGAGGCCGUAAAGAUUAAGAACACAGCUAUUGCAAAGGAAUUGUCAUUACCUCCGGUGAAGUUGCACUGUUCUAUGUUGGCCGAAGACGCAAUUAAGAGUGCAGUUAAGGACUACAGAUCAAAGAGAAGCGUCAAGCAACCAACCUUAGGUCCAGAAGCUGCACAGGCUGAAACCAUCGCCACAUAA